GAGUACUCAUGCCAAGUGACUGACAGCUCAGGGACCCUGGAGGCAUCUGUCCUAGUCACCAUUCAGGCCUCCAGCCCCAGCCCCAUCCCUGCUCCAGGACUGGCCCAGCCCAUGUACAUUGAAGCCUCCUCCUCCCACGUGGCUGAAGGGCAGACUUUGGAUCUGAACUGUGUGGUGCCAGGGCAGGCCCAUGCCCAGGUCACAUGGCACAAGCAAGGGGGCAGCCUGCCUACACAGCACCAGACCCAUGGCUCCCUGCUGCGGCUCCACCAUAUUUCCCCUGCUGAUUCUGGCGAGUAUGUGUGCCGUUUGGCUGGUGGCUCCAGCCCUGAGCAUGAGGCCUCCUUCACAAUCACAGUCCCCCCCAGCGCAGGUUCUUCCUACCGCCUCAGGAGCCCUGUCAUCUCCAUCGAGCCACCCAGCAGCACUGUGCAGCAAGGCCAAGAUGCCAGUUUCAAGUGCCUCAUCCAUGAGGGGGCAAUGCCCAUCAACCUGGAGUGGAAGACCCGGAACCAAGAGUUGGACG